AUGGCAACCGACGCCGACAUUUGGCCAUUCAAACCGAUUCAAACAGGUUUGAAAGUACGUGGUAGUCUCCAGGUUUGAGAUACAAGUGGACUUCUGUAAGUGCUGUCUGCCGCGCUAGCCUUUCAAAACAUUGUCUCUUCGGUUUACCUGGGCUGUAUAGACGAUGCCUCCCAAAAACAAAGGGACGAGUAAAAACUCCGCAAAGGCGAGGACGCCCACACUGAUAAAUGGCCUUACCAAGGAGGAGAUGUCCAAGGAGCAGCUUGAAGAACACAUUGUGCGCCUCCGAGAGGAGCUGGAUAGAGAGAGGGAGGAGAGAAACUACUUUCAGCUGGAAAGGGACAGGAUUCACACCUUCUGGGAGAACACAGACAGAGAGCUAGAGGAGAUCAAAGCUGAGUGGAAAAACCUAGCAAAGGACAUAGAAGAGGAUGAGGGAUGCCACCAAGUAGAGAUCAAGGUGUAUAAGCAGAAGAUGAAGCACCUCCUGUGUGAACACCAGAACACGAUCUCUGAGCUGAAAGCAGAUGGUUUAGUCUCUACUGAGGUGGUGCAGAAAGAGCAAGAACAAUUAGAGACUGAGCUUCACAAGGAAAUGAGGUCCAUCAUGGUCGACAUGCAGGAGCUUGACAAUGAAAAUCUCUUCAAGGAGCUUGAACUGAAGCAUGAUGAAGAAAUGACCAUAACAAGGAACAGCUGGGAGAAGCAACUGUCAGAGAUUAAAGCCAAGUAUGAGAAAAAGAUGAAGCUGCUGCCACAAGAGCUGGAGAACAUGAGGAAAAAUGAGACCAGUGAGAGAGAAGAUCACUGGAACAGCCACAUCACUGGUCUCCUAGAGGACCAAAACAAAGCUUUCAGUGAUGCUAAUGCACUUCUUAAACUCAUGCAACAGGAUCUGGACGUGAGCAAUUUACUCAAGAUACAAAUUAAUGAAAUGAAGAUGAAACAGAAGGAGAAGGAAAAAGACUUGAUCCCUGUUUUGCGGGAUAACGAAAGCCUUGCUGAGCUUCUCUUGAAAGUCAAUGAGGAAAUUGCUGAAAUCGAGAAAAAAGUGAAAUACCAUGGAAUGAAAAAGGAUGCCAGUGAAAAGGUCAAAGAAAAGGAGCUGAAUGAUCUGAAAUGGAAUUAUGAGGCACUGGAACAGAAAUUCAGCGAGCUUCAGCUGGAAAGGGAUGAACUGUACAAGACAUACCCUCAGAGUAUUCAUAAGUUGCAGUAUAAAGCAGGUCUGAAGAGCAUGCUGUUGGAAAGGAAGCUGAAAGCCCUGACCGACAGCCUGGAGAAGACGCAGGCUCAGCUCCACUCGGUGCUUUCUGCCUCUAACAUAGACCAGACUGCCCUUGGUGGGGUCACAAACAAAACUGAGGAAAAUCUUGACUCCAGUAAUAAUUCCAUCAAGAAUUUAAAGCAUAAAAAAGCUCAGAUUUUCAAGGCGCGUAAGGAUUUGCUGCUGACCUAUGAAGCAAAGCAAAGGGCUCUUGGUGUCCCAGUGGAGGAGCUUUGUCUAAAGCCCUUUUAAAGCAGUCUAGCUGGGAAAAGUCUGGGACACGACUUGGAUCUUGGCUUCACCCUAAAAUGAGAAGCAGUGAAUUCAAAGACUGAACAAUUUACUGCAAAUCUCACUUUCUCUGUCUAUCUUAUCUCAUUAGAAUCUGAUAUGCUUCUCAUAUUUUCCUUUGAUACAAUUGUUGAUGUUCAAUAGCACACAGAAUGUUCAGGGAGUUUACACUAAAAGGUCCAUCAUACCCUUGAUGAUUUAUGCUGCCCUCCAAAGGCAGAGAUUAGGAACUCCAGAAGCAGUUAAGUUUAGAAAAGAGGCUAUAAUGCCUAUGUUUAUACAUUUUUAGGCUAAUUAUUUUACCCCAACAUCAUUUCCAUAGACCAAACAUAAUUCCUAGAAACUGUGCUCUCUGUCUCUGACAGUUCUCAGGGAAAACACAGUAUGUAAUGUUUCAGCUUUAUUGUCCAUUUGAGCGAGUUUCUUUAAGAGAAUACAUUUUAUUUGGAUUAUAUUUAUUUUAAAUGAAAUGUAUCUUUGUUGUGUUUGCCUUUAUUAUUUAUAAAGAUUUAUAUUGAAAUUGAUUUGAUAAAUAAAUCUAGAAUUAAAUACAUUUAAAAGAUGAUUUCAGAGAAGCUUAACUAAAAACAAAUCACAUGAAAUCCACUGGGGUCAGAAGCAAAGCUGGCAGUCACUGAUACUCUGCUAAAAUACUUACAGUAGCUUUACAGGACUAGUGUAUCAUGGUUGGUCUCUGAUCUCUUGCAGUUACUGCAAAUUUGCGUGCUGUUUUCACAUUUUGUUUGUAGAAUCCAUGGCAUAGGGUGUUAAUAUGGUAAAACAGAUGUCAAAAACUCAGAUUCAGGUCUUUAACUCAACUUGGGCCAAAUAUGUAGCUACUGUGUUUUUCCUUUGUUGGGAAAUGUGAGUACAUUCCUUUUAAUCUGGUCUUGGAGGAUUUGAUUUCAGUGAGUGGGCAUGUGUGUGGCUGUCCACUUACUUUAUUACUGUUUCUCUUUGAUUUUAAAAGUUGCUGUGAAGAGCAAUUUGGGUCUGAAAGGUAAAAGAGAAGCCAUAACCAACAGUAGAAACAGCUUUGACGUGGCAUGGAGACAUGGGCAAAAUGUGAGAAAAAUCAUCUCAUUUUCUCGAGUCAUUUUGAAUCUCAGUAGCAGCAACAUUUUUGCAGGUUAACCAUACAUUAAGUCCCAUGCUGUACCUGAACUUCAUCAUUUUGUCACUGCUAGAGA